AUGUUAACUACACAUAUAAAAUUACUAUUUUAUUUUAUAAUUACUUGCUCUUAUAUAAAUGCAUUUAUUCCAUAUCCAGUUAUUGGAGACGGUGCUCAUACUAGUGAUAGUAUAACACAUACAGAAAUCACCCAAGCUGGUUUUAUUCGUUGUCUAACUCGUUUCUUUUAUGAUACACGUAUUAAACCAAAUAAAAAAAAAGGAAAUACUAUUAAUGAACAAGAAUAUUUUACUAAAAAACAAACUAUCGAUGAUCUUUAUAAACUUGCAUAUCCUGAAUAUAGUCAAGCACAAGUAGAAUUACAUUCGCUUCCAUUAAAAUUUACUCUUGAUUUCGUCAUGACAGAAGAUGCUCUUGUGGAUUUUAACACAAAUACAAAGAAACUUUCAGCAGCACAUUUUGAUAGUGAAGCAUUUAUAAAUGGUAGUCGACGUAUUCUUCAACUUAGACAAAUAGUUGUUAAUGAUACACGUACUACCAAUAAAGAUUUGACUAAUGCUCGUCAAUCACUUGGACGAUUGCUUCAUACAUUACAAGAUUUUUAUUCACAUUCGAAUUGGAUUGAAAUGGGCAAAACGAACAUUAAUAAUCUUAUUGGAGUCAAAGAAAAUAUUGGUUCAGUUGCGGGUCAAAAUCAAGCGACAUGUGCAAAUAAUGGCUGUACAAAGAUAGAAAAGUCAUGUACUCUUUGGGAACAAAUUACAUUCAAAACUUGUCCUCUUGUUUAUUAUGAUUGUAAAAAUAAUAUUUUACCACAAAUCAAUAAAAAAAAAUUACUUACAAGUGGAUAUCUCUUUAAUCAAUCCAAUGAAAAUCAUGGUCCACUAAAUAAACCAAAAAAUGUUCAAAAAUGUUCUCAUGGUGGAGUGAUUGAUGAUUCAUCAAAUGUACCAGCUAUUGGUGGAAUCAAUAAAGAUGCUAAUACCUUAAUCCUUUCACCUCAUUCUAAUCUUCACUUUAAAGCCGUUGAUUUAGCCAUUAAAGCGACUGAACAAUUUCUCAAUAAUCUACGCAAAGAUAUUGGAGAUAAAAAUUUUGAUCGACUUUUUAUCAUUAAUCCAACACAAGAACAACAUCAAGCUGCAUCGCAUGCAGUUAAAAAUGGAACACGAUUUCGUUUUUUUACAUCAUUUCUUUCAGUUAGUUCGAAACAAGGUGACGGUCUUCUUACUGAUUUAAAACAUUGGAUCACAAAACGUAUUAAUAUGAUUAAAUCAAUAUUGAGCGGUUUUUUUCCUGGCCAGAAAAACCUUGAUAUACCAACGUAUGAUUUAAGUGAUCUCCAAGUUAAUGUCAAAGAUGUGAAUAAUUUUCGUGCAGCACCUUAUAUUAUUGAAAGUAGAAACACUGGACGCAAGAAACGUUUUAUUGAUGUUCUUCGAAAUCGCCAAUAG